AUGCAUUCCCUCUUCCAGCUCAUUGGUUGGAAACUCACAUCGCGCCGCCGCCGCCGCCGCCGCCGACUCGACCAACGCGUCGAAGCUGCUUUGAAGAAAUAUCUCCAUGACCGCGAGGAGGCAUUGGACAGGGAAUUAAAAAUGGGUUUUGAAGCGGCGAUCAAGAAUGCUUCCCUGUAUAAGCGCCCAACAGACCUGGAACUAAGCGCAGACCGCACCCUCCAGCUUAUGAAACAGCACGAUAUAGACACCUAUUACAGGGGCUCGGAAACCGAUUCGCUUGGCCAGGCGCAUCCACAUUUUUACGGCGAUCACUUUCUUCACAAUGUGAACAUCAUCGAGCGGACCAAACUCUUCAGGCUCUGCCAGGGGAUGCCCAAGGGUGCUCACCUCCACAUCCACUUCAAUGCCAAUUGUCACCCAUCAUUCUUACUCAACAUCGCCAAGGAAAUGAAUCACAUGUACAUCUGGAGCACCAAGGCGCUUACCAACAAAGAGGCAUUCCAACGAUGCGAGAUACGGUUCAGCAUUCUCAGCGAGCAAAAUCUCAAAAAGAAAAACCCGCUCGGGAACCUAAACAUCCUGAGCUCGGAAUACAAGACCUAUGAGGACCUCAAGGACCGAGGCGAGACUGGGUGGAUGAGCUACAAAACAUUCAGGAUGCUAUUUCCUCAACAUAAGAUAGAAGGAGUGGAAAAAGACGUGGAUAAAUGGUUGCUAAGCAAACUUGUGUUCAGCGCUGAAGAGGCGUACAAUUCGCGCCAGUGUGCUGCAGGAAUGAUGAAGGGCCUUUUCAACUACCAGACAGCGUUCGUCCGAUACACCCAGGCGUGCCUGGAAGAAUUCGCCAGGGACAAUAUCCAAUAUGCCGAGAUCCGACUUGAUUUUAUGCCUAACAACCAGUUGUGGGACGACGAAGGCAAGGACCAGAUGAGCAACGAGCGGAUGAUGGAGCUCAUCAUUGAGGGUUACAACGCCUUCCAGUUAAGGCACCAGAGGAAGGUUUUCAAGGGGCUUAAGGUCAUCUACUGCACACCACGGUCGUUCGACAAGCCAAAAAUUGUAUUCGCUCUAAACCAGUGCAUUGAGUUCAAGAAGAAGUUCCCCGAGUUCAUUGCUGGCUUCGAUCUUGUUGGCGAGAAAGGCAACGGCAACAAAUACCCCCUGAAGCACUUUGCCGAGGAGCUUCUCGAGUUCCGGCACAAGUGUAAAGCCGAAAACCUGGACAUACCCUUCCUAUUCCACUGCGGAGAGACGCUCGAAAACGGUACCGAUGCCGACCAUGAUCUCAUCGAUGCGAUCCUCCUUGGCGCUAAGCGCAUCGCUCACGGCUAUGCUGUGCCCUGGCACCCCUGGGUCAUGCAACAAUUGAAGGCUAGGAACAUAUGCAUAGAGCUCUGCCCCAUAUCCAACGAAAUCCUCGGCUUGACCUCUAGGAUUGGCGGCCACUCGGCGUAUACCGCACUCGCCAACGACAUCGUGGCUUGCGUCAACACGGACCACGGUGGCCUUUUUCGCUCGACUCUCGCGCACGAGUUCUACCAGAUCAUGGCUGGCAAACGCAACAUGACGCUCAUUGAUUUCCGCCAACUGGCCUAUUGGAGCCUCGAGUUUUCCUGCAUGACUCCCGCGGAGAAGAACGCCGUUAUCGACGACUGGGAGAAGAUGUGGUCGUAUUUCGUGCUGCGCAUCUUCGCUGGCGAUUUUGGGCUACUCGGUCACUCGAGCAGCAGCCAACCUGCUUCCCAUGCCGGUGCUGCCGCUCCGCACAGCAGCCGGCCCGGCUCUUCCGGGGCCGCCGAGUGGCAUCACCGGAGAGAGACGCCGGAAGCUCUUUUGGGCGCCUAA